CUCCAUAAUCCAUCAAUCCACUCUGGCAUGUGAUGGAUCCUAAUCGAUUGCCCUCUCUAGUAGUUUGUCUCAGCCUUCUUCCAUCUAUUCUUAUUAUUCCUCAUCACUCCAUUUUUUAAAUCCUCUCCCUGCAUGGGUGACCUAUAAUCUCAGCCCUCCCCCCCUCUCCGUUCAUCCCAACCAUGGCUAUUUCUGCACAUCCGGCUGGGAUCAACGGACAAGCCCCCGCCGUUUCCUCUCCCGCCAUCACCGCCAAUUCUAGUUCUGACAGUGAGGAGCUAAUUGGACCGGACGCCGCCCGGGAAGAUGAAGCCAACGAGGUGAUCGGGGUCAGUAUCAGCCGCAGCCAGAGCCGUAUGAAGGCGCGUCUCACGCCCGCGGAAGAGAAAAGUCGAGUGAUGGAACGCCAGGGCGGCUACUUUGAGCCAAUUCCCGACACACCCGACUCAGAGGGUCUUUUUGCGUCUGAGAUCACCGAUGAACCCGAAACUUUGCCCGAGGAAGCCGCUGGCAAGCCGGCUGUCGCCCGCGCGCCUCCAUCGGAUCUGGUGGCACCACAGCGUGACAGCGCACGAACGCCCAAGGACGGCCAGCGAAGCAGCUUUACCCGGUCGAUCUUGACCGGGCUCCCCCUGCGACCCCGGGCAUGGUCGGGCGACUCUUUGACCAACCUACGACUGAAGAAGUUCCUGCCAGACCUGUUGACUAAGCGUUCAUCCCUCUCCUUCCGACCCGGCUCAUCGGCCCAGGUCCGGGCCCGCAGUCAAACCCUGAAACCCGCGUCAAAGCUGGCGCUGGGCCAAGGAAAGGACGAUGCGGCGUUGCAGUCCCGGCGCAAGUCCUUUUCCGAUCCAGAAUCCAGCCGAGAUAGCCCCGAGGAGCAAGUCUCGGAUCUCGAGCCUCUCGGAGGCGCAACGACCGCUAGGCACUCAUAUGCGCGGAGACCCAGUGCAACCGGUCAGGGAGCACCGUCUAUGCUACGAAGGUCGUCAUCAGACCAGUCUCUAUACUUGAGGGCCUCGUCCACCGCAUCAUCACUUGACCAGCGGCCUCGCUACGAACAUAUACAUUCGCAAGUCAACAGCCGGUUCAAGGCGAUCAAGGACAGUCUUCAGGAUUCCAGCAGCCGGCUGCUUAGCAUGCCCACGCUGCAUUUGCAGGAUCUGCGGAGUGACUGGGGCUACAGACCGUUCCUGUCGGAUGUAACCCAUCGCAGAGGGCAUACUUACUCCACACCGGAACAGCCGCCCGUCGCACGAGAGAUGCCUAGCGAUGAUCCACCGCAGCUGCGGGCUCGCUCGCCGCGGUCCAGCAUGAGUACACAAUACCCCAUGUUGACGGAAGCCAUGACUGAAAUGACCGGUGACGUUGUCAUCCUGGGGGGUUACCGGGGGUCUGUCUUGCGGUCUGCCAAGCCGCCACAGCGCCAGCUGUGGGUUCCGAUGAAGGUUGGCUUAAAUCUUCGCAAGGUGGAUCUUGAGGUUGGCCUGAACCCGGAGGACGAGGAGCGGAUGGAAGAGACCAUCAUUCCGUCCGGCGUUUUGUCCCAUGUCGGCCCGGUCGAUAUCUGCCGUCGGCUGAUGAAGCGUCUGCAGAAGUGCCCGAACGCGGUCAACGGGGAUCUUCGGGUCUGGGAUUACGGCUAUGACUGGCGGUUGAGCCCUCAUCUGCUUGCUAAGCGGCUGGUGAAGUUCCUCGAGGGCUUGCCCUGUAACUCCCCCGACACGCCUCCCGAAAAGCGAGGAGCCUAUGUGGUCGCCCACAGUCUGGGCGGCCUCAUCACCAGGCAUGCCGUCAAUCAGCGGCCCGAUCUCUUCGCAGGCGUUCUCUAUGCAGGCGUCCCGCAACACUGUGUCAAUAUCCUGGGCCCCAUGCGCAAUGGCGAUGACGUGCUACUCAGUUCCCGCGUUCUCACCGCACAGGUGAAUUUCACUUUCCGAACUAGCUAUGCCCUCCUUCCCGAGGACGGCCACUGCUUCAUUGACAAACGGACGAAGGAAGAAUACCGGGUGGAUUUCUUCUCCGCCCAGGCGUGGGACGAGCACCGACUCUCUCCCUGUGUCAAUCCGGCCCUUCCAGUUGGCAACGGCAGAGGCUUUGUAGACAAUCUGCCCCUGCUUGGCAAGCGCAUCUCGACGGUCCUAGGCAGUAAGGACAGCCUGUCGUCAUCGGACGAUGCCAAUAGCGAGCAAACAUCGGCACAUAAUCCCCAGGAAGCGGCUAACCCGCCCUCUGAGGCAACUGGCAAGACAGCGCCGGUGGCUCCUCCGCAUCUGGAUGGCGCGAUAGGCCCAACUGCUAAUUUCCGGGGCUCUUCCAAUACCAAGCAAACGACAGCCACAACCAUUCCCCGCGCGACAGCUUUGGCCUACCUCGAGCGGACUCUGAAAGAGGUCAAGCAGUUCAAGCAAGAGCUUGAAUUCAACGCCUCUCACCAGUCGCGCAACCAAUACCCACCCUUUGCCGUGCUGUACGGCAAGUCCGUGCCCACCGUCUAUGGCGCUCGCGUCGAAUCGCGCGAGCGCAUCAAGCACCAGGACGCGUACGACGAUCUGGCCUUCGCAGCAGGUGAUGGUGUCUGUCUCGCCUCCGCGGCGAUGUUACCCCCGGGGUACCGGAUCAUCAAGGGAGGUCUGGUGAAGAGCGAUCGCGGACACGUCGGACUCUUAGGUGACCUGGAGGGUGUGGGCCAGUGUCUACUGGCUUUGGUCCGGGGCCGGCAAGAGGGCGUCGGACUGGGUGGUUCCCACCCAUCGUCAUGAUUCAUCACCCUCGAACCUCUCCCCUCCAUACAUACAUAU